AUGCUGUUGGCUGGAGGUUCUCCUAAUCAAGUGACUGAAUGCCUCGGGAAUGCCCCUCUGUUGUGUAUGUACGCGUAUCAAGGAAUUAUUGCAAUGGUUGGGUUGUUGAUAGAAUUUGGUGCUGAUAUUGAAAUGACGAAUUCCCAAGGAUGCUCAGCUCUUUCUUUGGCUUGUCAGAGAGGCCACACUGAUGUUGCGAGAAUGCUUAUAGCAUCAGGUGCUUCUCUAAGCCAUACGGACACAGCCGAACAGACUCCAUUGGUCCAUGCAGCCAAAAAUGGCCACAGAGAUACAGUGAUAUACCUUCUGGGUUGCCAGACGGGAAAAGAUGACCGCAAUUCAAUAGAUCUAGACGGUGACAACAUUGAGCAAAUAGUACCUGGGGCGAGACACGCACUAAUAGCGGCAGCACAAAACGGACAUCUCGACAUCGUUGAAUAUCUACUUGACACGGCUGAAUUGAUCCCGGACGGAAUAUGUCCCGUAACAGGCGAGACAGCCCUCACGGCCGCCUGCUCGACCGGCAAUGCCUCUAUCGCUGAUGCUCUGCUCAUCCGAGGAGCCACGCCCUACUCCCUCAACGCAAGGCAAAUGUCUCCUCUGGCCCUUGCUGCCAAAAAUGGCAGAACAGCUCUGGUCCUAAGGCUAUUGGACUCGGGGGCAGAUGUCGCCGGGUCAGGAGGGAAGAACCCCUUAAUUUUAGCAGCAGCGGAAGGCCACGCUGAUGUGUUGGAGAUGUUGUUGGCUCAUGGAGCUGAUCCCGAGUCAGUGGAUUCAGACGGCGUAUGCGCAUUGGGAUGGGCUGCGUUGCGCUCGCGCAUGAUUUCAGUCACCGCCUUACUCGAUAAAGGAGCUCAUAUUGAUCAAACAGACGGAAAUGGGAGGACGCCUUUAGGACUGGCCUGUGGAGGUCCAUCAGAUUUGGUGGAAAUCUUACUCGAGAGAGGAGCAUCUUUGGAAAAGGUGGAUCAUAGCGGCUUAAGGCCAUUAGACAGGGCCAUUGGACAGCGAAACGUUCCCGUGGUUAAUUGCUUCUUGAGGAAAGGAGCGAAACUUGGACCUACAACGUGGGUGAUGGCUUCAGGCAAACCAGAAUUUAUGCUAAUCCUCCUAAACAAACUCCUGGAAGACGGGAACCUUCUAUACCGUAAGAAUCGACCUUCGGAGGCGGCUCAUCGCUACCAAUACGCUCUAAAGAAGAUAAAUCCUUUGAUCAGCGAUGAAGGCCAGACAACGCCGGUUCAGCCAGUUCCGCAUGAACACGUGGCCGCGUUUGUCCAGCUCAAGACUAAUUUGCUACUUAAUUUGUCGAGAUGCAAGAGGAAACUUAAUGAACCAUCAGAAGCGUUAGAUCUAGCGGCGCGCGCGUCCUUACUCCGUCCGAACGCGUUCGAGUGCGCGUACGCAAUGUCACGUGCGAUACUUGCUCUUAAUAAACCCGCGGACGCAUUACCCCACGCCCGUCGUGCCUUAUUACUAGCUCCGCCCACGGAUUUGUCUGCUGCUCGGACCCUCAAAGCCCUCCAACAGGAGAUACUAACCAGAAUGAACACUCCACAUAGCCUGGAUACGCGAUCUAUGAGGAAUUAUGACAGCAUUAGUUUGAAUAUGCCUUAA